AUUUUGGGGAAAACAUCCAUUUCCAACGGCUAUGAAGCCCAUUUUGAACCGUCGUUCUCAAGAUUUGAAAGAACAAGAUGCAACGCGCUCGCGGCGGUUGUAUGAGCUGCCGGCGGCGGAAACGGAAGUGUGACCGCCGCCGCCCGUUCUGCGAAGCCUGCACCCAACGAGGGAUCCAAUGCCCCGGAUACUCGACGCCCCUGCGCUGGGUAGACGGUGCUACGAACCAUCCUGCUGUUGGCGAAGGUAGUAGUAGCACUGGCACUCCUACCGAACUUGACAGUAUCUCAAGCCAGGUCGCCCUCCCAAGUCGUCCCAGUCCCCACGUCCAGACAACGCAUGUUACGGAUGAUCUCUUCCAUAAGUUCCUCCGCACAGGCCUCAUGGGCCUUUACAGUACAUCGGUGUGCUCGUGGGUCCAGCCCUUCUUUGUUGAGAUGUCUGCUAAGAGUAAAUCUCUUGUGCUACUAUCUUCUGCUAUUCAAGCCUAUCUCGAUGAAGGCAGCUCAGACAUGUCUGUCUCCUCCAUGGAGUACAUCGACACUGCUCUGAAGGAGUUUCGGCGCGAAAUCGUGGUCCACUACGAUGUCCUGCCAGCUGCCACAGCCUGCUCUGGCGUACUACUCUGUGUUCUCCAAUUCCUUCAAGCUCAGCCAUGUACCCCGGUCAUUGGCUUACUCGCCGAGUCCUUUCAUUUGAAUACUUCUAUGGCAUAUCUUAAACCCAAUCCCGAGCACGACCUCUCAGUCCGACACGCCUUGGAGUUCAUCGGCCUCAUGGACAUGCCCUGCCUCGUUCUGGGGAGACAAUGCCCCUCCAUGGGUAUUUGGCGACGUUUUCGAAAAGUUCAAGACUCCUGGAAGGGCGGAAGAGUUGGGGGUCUGGAGGUCGUCACCGGUGUACCACAGUCGCUUCUCGACAUCUUCUCCGAUACACCUUUCGAGACAGCUGAAGUUUCCAUCAGUCGUUUUUGGGGGUGGCCAGGUGAAAUGGGUGAAUAUGUUCAGUGCUUGCUGUGGGAUUGCUGGAGGUUUGCCGGACUGCUUCACAUCCGCAGACGCGAGCAACGCAGGAACGCCGCGCGAAAAGAUGCCCAAUUCGUCGGCGACGAUCAGCAGGACGUAUCACCGAGUUCAGAAAUCGUCUUGUAUCGUCUGGUAUCAGGACUUCACCUCUUUGAUGUGGCGUGCCAGUUGUCUGAGAACCAGCAUCUUUUGUGCCGAAAUGGCAUUGUAUUCCCUCUGAUAACGGCAUGUCUCGAGACUAGGCUCCUCAAGCGACAUUCUGACUGGAAGCAAACCGUGGAUGAGGUACGCGCUGCUGCCGAGAAGAGAUAUCUCUUCCAACUAGCUAGAGCUACUUGGGAGGUUCUUGACGAGGCUUGGAAAGAUGGGACAAUGGAAUUUGAUGUAGAUGCAGCAAUUGCACGGAAAGGCCAGGAAGUGUCAUUAUUGUAAGUUAUGAGGGAUUUUUGAGCGAUUUGAAGCGUAGUCGAUGCAAUAAAUCUCACUUUAGUCGUCAACUACCCAAGGUACGAGGGGUUUUGGUGGCAGUCUAUCACAUUCCACC